CAAGACAGACCUAGAUGGAAAUAUGCGAUGCUCUCGUAGCAUGAUACUUCAUGUUUAGCAGAAAAAAAUACAUUUCCGCGAAUGUUUUUACUCUUGAUAAGUUAGCUCGCUUGCCUCUUAUAUAUAGGUGGAUAAACAAGACGAUUAGGUACAUUUAGGUAGCUGACAACUUUAUGUGCGUUUUAUCAUCGAGAUGCUUAGUUUUAAGAAAUAUAACAUGUUGGAACUUUUAUGAUCGGAUAUUUUGAACAGCAUCCUGUUUUAACUUGUUGUCUUAGUUUAAAUCAUAACGAUUAGGAGCUCAAACAAUCAUGUCAGUGGCCGGUGAGUUGGAUUCGGUUGAAUCCAGCCCUGGUUUUCCAAAUCAGUUUACGGAUCAGAGUGAAAGGACACUGACACCAGAAGAGAUGGAGAAACUGAAGAAUGACAGGGUAUUAAUGUCAGACUUCAAGCAGCUGAAACUCGAAACAGAAGCUCAGAAAAACUGGGACUUGUUUUAUAAAAGGAAUACAACCAACUUUUUCAAAGACAGGCACUGGACCACCCGAGAGUUUGAUGAACUGAAAAACUGCAGAGAGUCCGAAGGACAGAAGUUGGUGUUGCUGGAGGCUGGCUGUGGAGUUGGGAACAGCAUUUACCCUCUGUUGGAAGAGGACCUCAACAUUUUUAUCUAUGCCUGUGACUUCUCCCCACGAGCUGUUACGUUUGUGAAGCAAAAUGCCUUGUAUUGCACAGAGCGAUGCCUUGCUUUUCAGUGUGACCUCACUAAGGAUGAUCUGCAGGCUACUAUACAAGCAGAUACAGUUGAUGUAGCCACACUUAUAUUUGUUCUGUCUGCAAUUCAUCCUGACAAGAUGCAACAAGCCCUAGAAAACAUUUUUAAGGUAUUAAAACUUGGAGGUGUUGUCCUAUUCAGGGACUAUGGACUGUAUGACCAUGCCAUGCUGAGAUUUAAAUCAGGCAACAAACUGGGGGAGAAUUUCUAUGUGAGGCAGGAUGGAACUCGUUCCUUUUUCUUCUCUAGAGAAUACCUGGCUAGUUUGUUCGAACAGAUAGGAUUCGAGACUCUUGUGAACGAGUAUGUGCUGAGAGAAACGGUGAAUAAAAAAGAGGGUCUGUGUGUUCCCAGAGUGUUCCUGCAGAGUAAAUUCAGAAAGCCUGUUCCCUUACAACCUCCAAGAUAAACAAGCCACAUUUCCUAUACGUGUGUUUUAUGUUAUUUUGCUAUAGCGUAUUGUCUUUAUGUAAUAAAUGUUGUUAUUCUCUCAGAAUCAAUAAAACAUUUUCGUUUUCA